UCACAUCCCACUAUCACGACAAACCACUAAUGUUUCGCAAAUAAUGAGGUUUCUGUUCACCAAAUGAGCCACCUCGUAUCUGACUUCCUUAUCAACCCAGUUUUACGACAAGCCCGCCGAUUCUCUCGCUCCAACACAGCUGGAGACCUCGACUCAUUGUCAAACCAAGAAGCCCUACCCGAUAAUAGCCAUGAAACCGCUGUUGAUGGUGCAACCGAGGGAAUUGAGAAUUUGAAUGGACUGGAAAUGACAGGUGAUGAGGUAGUUGGGGAUACCGGUGAGAACAUACCUGGUGCACUGUCGCCCUCAUCACAUGGGGAAGAGAAUGGAGCAGUUGAAGGAGGAUCACAGCGGCCAGAAGUUGGCAGAAUACCCGGUACAAGGCCAACAUCGGGAAAUUCAAAUCUGAUACCACCGCCUCUAAACACUCUACUGUCUGACCCUGGACAUAUUGAUACCGACGUCUCGGACAAUUCAUCGUUUGGUCUGAGCGACUCAUUAAGCAGAAUGAGUCCUGCAGAAGGUCCAUCUCGGCGUGCGACGCAGGAAUCAUCACAAUCUGUUCCAGCCAGUCGGUGUAGGAAUAAUUCAUUGCCUGCCGAUGAUGGGAUGAGUGCUCUGCGGCAACAGAUCAUCCGGAUUCAAGCCAUGGAGGUCCCAGCAGAGCAGAAGGCGCGGAUGAUGCAUGAGCUUAUGACACAAGGGUACUAUGGGUCCCAGGAAGCCCUUCAUGCCAAAAGCCAACCACGAGCCCCCUCACCUACGGGUAUGAUCAGUCAGGAGCGGCCUAGUACGUCUGGACCUCUAAGUUCUUUCCUGUGGCAGAUCAAUGGUGGUUCCGAUGGUCCUCCUUCCAAUCAACAACACACGUUUCAUCUCUCUGUAGAUGAUCUGAAACGUACUUAUGCCCCAUUGGAUCCCCCAGAGGCCGACGAAGACGGGAUCAUUCAGCCCAUGGAAGAAGUCCAAGUGCUUGGAUGUCAACACUACAAACGAAACGUGAAGCUACAAUGUUCAACGUGUGACCGAUGGUACACCUGUCGAAUGUGUCAUGAUGAGGUUGAAGAUCAUAUUCUCAUUCGACAUGCUACAAAAAAUAUGCUAUGCAUGAUUUGUGGUUAUGCGCAGCCUGCUGGAGAGUUCUGUGCUGAAUGUGGCGAAAGAACAGCGUGGUAUUAUUGCAAUGUUUGCAAGUUAUGGGACAACGACCCUAACAAAAACAUAUAUCACUGCAAUGAUUGUGGAAUUUGUAGGAAGGGUCGUGGACUUGGAAAGGACUUCUUCCAUUGCAAGACUUGUGGUGUUUGCAUGUCCAUGUCCGUGGAGCGUUCACAUAAAUGUAUAGAACGAGUCUCCGAUUGCGAUUGCCCGAUUUGCGGAGAAUACAUGUUCACGUCUCCUCGUCCUGUUGUCUUCAUGCUUUGUGGUCAUAGCAUUCAUCAAGCUUGCUAUUAUGAGCAUAUGAAGACCUCUUACAAAUGUCCAAUAUGUAGUAAGAGUACCGUCAAUAUGGCUACCCAGUUCCGCAAUUUGGAUAGGGCGAUUGACAAUCAGCCAAUGCCCCCUCAGUUUCGCGACACAAAGGCAAUGGUCUCCUGCAACGACUGCUACGCCAAAAGUGCUGUUAAAUACCAUUGGCUCGGACUCAAAUGUGCUAUCUGCGAUUCGUACAACACAGUCCAACUUUCAAUUUUGAGCGAUCCUGCUGUGGCGGUCCCUCCCAUUGAGAAUAGAGAAACCGAAAGUCGAGCUGCCCUUGGCCAAGCAGCAGGAGAAAGCACGUCCUCAACACAUCUCGCACCUGUGCCAACACGCUCCAGGAGGCACUCCUUGCACGCGACUACUCCAGCAGUCUCGUCAGAAAUUUCUAGUAGCUUACAGCGUAUGGCAAGAUCAGUGUCUCCAGCUCGCGGCGCGGGAUUUUUCGACAAUGCUAUGGCCAUCUUAGGAGGUGAAACCGAUGACUCGGGAGGUGAGGAUGAUGAACUUGAUUUUUGGGGGAGGGAUGAAAUUCGAAGUUCUACUUCAGCCGAGAAUAUUGAAGAGGAUCUGGAAGAUAACGAGGAUUCCGAGGACGAUUCCGCAUCUGCUGUAGAUGAUUGUGAUGAUGAAGGAGAGGAUGAGGAUGAGUUUGAAUUACUCGGUCAUCGCUGAUACGUGCAAGGUCUUGGAAGAGGGUUCAGGCGCACGGUUCGGCGUUUUCACACAUGCAUACGAAAUAUAAUGAUGGUAGUUGGCUGUACUUGUAUGAUUGGGGAGUUUUGGAUGGUGGAUACGGAGAGGCUGGAUACCCAUAGUUAUGCUUGAGCCGUAUCCACAAAAUAGUGUAAGGACU